AUGGGAAGUUGUGAGGGUCAAGAGACACAUGUCCUAAUGGUAACACUACCAUUCCAAGGUCACCUCAACCCAAUGCUCAAAUUCGCCAAACAUCUCUCACCAACGAAUCUCCACUUCACUCUCGCCACCACCGAGCAAGCCCGUAACUUUCUCUGUGCCGCCUCCGCCACCGUCGACGAACCCCCUAGCCCGGUGGAGCUCGCUUUGUUCUCCGACGAUCUGCCUGAAGACGAUCCAAGAGUCGACGGAUCUCUCCUUGAAUCAUUGAGAAAUGUCGGAGCCAAGAACUUGUCUAAAAUCAUCGAAGAGAAGAGAUUCUCUUGCAUAAUCUCUUCACCUUUUACUCCAUGGGUUCCAGCUGUUGCAGUUGCUCAUAACAUACCUUGUGCAAUCCUCUGGAUCCAAGCUUGUGGAGCUUACUCGAUUUACUACCGUUAUCACAUGAAGACAAACUCUUUCCCCGAUGAUCUCGAAGACCUUAACCAAACAGUGCAAUUACCGGCUUUACCAUUGUUGGAAGUCCGAGAUCUCCCUUCGUUUCUCUUGCCUUCUUCCGGAAGUCACUUCAAUACCCUAAUGGUGGACUUCGUCGAUUGCUUGAGAGAUGUGAAAUGGGUUUUGGUUAAUUCUUUCUAUGAACUCGAAUCAGAGAUAAUCGAUUCGAUGUCUGAUUUAAAGCCCAUGAUCCCAAUCGGUCCUCUGGUUUCUCCUUUCUUGUUGGGAGCUAAUGAAGAUGAAGCCCUAGAUGGGAAAAAUCUUGAUCUGUGGAAACCAGAUGAGUAUUGUAUGGAGUGGCUUGACAAGCAAGCUAAGUCUUCUGUUGUUUACAUAUCUUUCGGAAGCAUACUCAAAUCGUCGGAGAAUCAAGUCGAGACCAUAGCAACGGCGUUGAAAAACAGAGGAGUCUCAUUUCUAUGGGUGAUUAGGCCUAAAGAGAGAGGCGAAAACGUCAAGGUUUUGCAGGAGAUGAUCAAAGAAGGACAAGGAGUUGUCAUUGAGUGGAGUCCACAAGAGAAGAUACUGAGCCACGUGGCGAUCUCUUGCUUCGUCACGCACUGCGGUUGGAACUCGACGAUCGAGACGGUGGCGGCUGGUGUUCCGGUUGUGGCGUAUCCGAGCUGGACAGAUCAGCCGAUUGACGCGAGAUUGCUCGUGGAUGUGUUUGGAAUCGGAGUGAGGAUGAGGAACGACGACGAAGACGGCGAGCUUAAGGUUGCAGAGGUAGAGAGAUGCAUUGUGGCCGUGACUGAGGGACCAGCCGCCGCGGAUAUGAGGAGGAGAGCGGUGGAGCUGAAGCAUGCUGCGAGAUUGGCGAUGGCACCCGGUGGAUCUUCGGCUCAAAAUUUGGACUCGUUCAUAAGUGAUAUCACAAUCACCUGA